AUGGGAGGGGAGCUAGGUGGGAGAGGGCUGAGAGGAGUUGGGGACAACGGCAAGAGGGCAUGUACUCGUGCUGUGGAGAAAGAGGAGGAAGAGGAGGUGUGUGAGGUCCUGGGAAGGCUACAUCAGAUAAAGCUCCCCCAUCGGAGGGGCUGGAUGGUCUGGUGGAUCCGGGGGGACUUGAGAAGGGAGAAAUGGAGAUUAAACAAGGGUCCGAUUGAGGGGGACGUAUUGGUGAAGGCGACGGGGGAUCUUGUCGAACAAACCAGUAAUCGCCAAGAGGUUGUGGAGGGGGAGAUCGUAGAGUCCAAAUCGAGUUCUGGCAAGGUCAGCAUGAGUACGACCAAUCAGUGA